UUAGCGCACAAUGGAGUUCAGUGCUGUAAGCUUAGGAUAUUUGUUGGCAAUCAUCCAAGUGGUGACUGGGCAUCUGCAUGGGUUUCUUAACGAGUGCAAGGCGAACGACAUUAAGGUCGAUUGCAUACCCGAAUGUCCCAGAAUAUGCAUGGAGCAUCUGCAGAUACGCAAGUGCAAGCCCAUCCCUUGCACUCCUGGCUGUGCUUGCAAGGAAGGCUGGGUGCGAAAAGGCUCCAAUACAGGAAAGUGCAUUAGACGUGCCGAUUGCAAGCGUUGGAUACUAUAAGUUCCCCGAAAAUUAUACAACUCAAUACGUAUUUAAAUUAAAAUAAAGUCGUUUGCACAUUUA